ACGUUAAUAUCGAUUCAACUUUGAUGCUGAACAGGAAUACAUAGACUUAUAGAUAUGAGGAUUUUUUGCUGUUCUCAGGCUUUAGGAACGUAGUCAAUAUAGCGCCAUGUGUCGAAAUGAGUUUGACUGGACUGAAUUGCUAGGAAUAUGUUUUGUCGGACCGUGUUGCUGCUGUUGCUUCUUUUGCUGCAGGCGAUCACGAAGCUGGACAGCUACAGCUACGACGAGUCUGGUAAGAGGAAUGGGCGAGAGGAUGGCGAUAAGGAUGCAAUGGGAUGUUCGACGGACGGCCGUAACAAAAAGGUCGGCAAUAUGCUGGACAAAAGUGACCCCCAGACGAAGGCGUCGAAUAUUGCGCAGAAGGCGGCGCAGGAGGCGAGAGCAGCUAGCGAUGCCCAAAUGUCCGCCGCAGAGGCAGCUGCCACGCAGGUGAAGCAGGAGCUUGCCGAGAGGGCGGCGCAAUCAGCGCGUGCCGCCGAGGCGGCACUGGCCGGGAAACAGCAGAUCGUGGAGCAACUGCAAGACGAAAUGUGCGAAGCGGACGCCGUUGUCACGGAGAUAACCUCAUCCCUACAGAGCACACAGGCUAAUGCCAACACCGCAGCAGAAGCUGUCGCCGAGGCGCAAGCUCAGCUCAGUCAGUUGAAACGUUUGGUAGCCUCGUCUACGGCGAAUCUAGUCAAUAUCCAGAAUGUGGCAAACGGUGCUCAGCUGGAGUUGGCUGAGAAAACGCAGCUCUUGGAGGCUGCCAAAAAUCGUGUGCAGAAUUUGAAUCGCCAACUCACGGAGGCCAGCCAGGACUGUGAGAAGACGAAGAAAGCUGCAUACAAAGCCGCCUGUGCGGCAGUCGAGGCCAAGCAGAAGGCUUCCAGAAGUCGUCGGAUGAGCGCUCGUUGGCAUCAGCCAAAGUUUUAAAUUUAAAUUUCAUGUUACAUUUCCCAUUUGGGAUUUUUGUUCAACUAUACAUUUCCCCUGUGGUGAAUUACUGGCAGCGCUGUUAAAUAACAUUUAUCUACCUGCUAUAAACAGCGAAACAAUUUAUUGAUGCGCGCUGUGAACAAUUCUCAGUAAAAUUGGCAUACUGAAACGAACAAAUUUAUAAGCAUAGUCAAGUACGCAAUGCUAUUACAUAUAUAUUUUGUAUAUAUGCGAAAUAAAUACUAC